UUUUUUUCUGCAAUGACUUUUAUGUUAUUUGUUUCUCGUGUCUGAUCAGCCGGAUGUUCCGGUUCAACUAUCUGUUUGAGUUUUAGCGGUUUGUCAAACAAUGGAUGAACAGACUAAAUUUGUUUUGCGCAGGAUAUUUAAAAAAAUACCGAGCAGAAAUAUCGAGGAUCUUCUGAAAAAUUGGAAUUGUUUAAAUGCAGAUCAACUGCGCGCGCUGGAUUACACCAGACCCAAAUGGACUUUAGUGGAAAGCAUAAUCAGUUUCUGCGAGGAGAGAAGAUUGAACCUGAAGCAUAUAACCAAUUUGGAAAUGAUCAACCGUAUAGAAAACCCUGAUAAUGACACCUGGCAUACAUGUCAACUUGUUGAGCCACAAGAUGAUGCACGUUUUGUGGAGUUGACACAGUUUAAGGAGCAGCUUAAAGCAUACUUAGAGGGGGUUAUCAGACAUAUUUCCAUUAAGAUAAAGAAACAUGAGGAUGAGGCUUUAUGGAUGAGGAUCGCUUGGGGAGAUAACUUCAGCAAACCCAAUCACCUCAAGCCAACCUAUGUUGUUCACCAUCUGCAUACCUCUUAUGUGUUCAUCUGCAACCUCAUGGCAAAACACAAGAUCAUUCUAUAUCAGGCUUUGACUGUAUCCACUAAACAUGGGUCAAUCAAGGAUGCACACCUGAGCAACAGAAGUCUUACUGCAAUGAGGACUCUCCUACUGCGACAUUAUCAGCAGGUUUUUCCGAACAAUCACUCAAUGAUCUUAGACGAAGGAAACACUUGUGCCUCUCAUCCCUGUAUUGAAAAGGAACAUGCUCCCCAUGAAGAAAGAAGGGAUCAGUUGGCCUGUGAAGCAUUUGGGGACAGCCCUACUCCAAAGCUGGAGACAGCUGUGUAUAGACUCGAGACGAGAUACAGGGGAAAUGGCAAGACCACCUUGAGUGAGAAGGAGGAAUUAUUCAGAGGUGUUGUUAAGUUCUCAAGCACCAGUCUGCUACAGUCCUUGCGACACUGUGUUGCUUCAGGUCACCACUUCCCAUUCUCCGCACUGCCAUCAGGUCUGGGCAUGAACUGCAUCCUGCGGUAACCUUGGAACAAUGAGACAAGACUGGCUGGAUGGCUGAAGGUCCAGUUACUCCACUAUUGUCUGCCAUCACUCAGAAAGGAAGGAAUUAUUUCGUCAUCACAGAUAAAGGACCCGGUGUGUCCAGCUAAGUGUCAGUACAAAUUUUCGGAUGACUGAGGACACCGAUGUUUCAUUCGCUGGGACAUGCAUUUGCAAUACUGUGCAUGCGGCAAAGUUGAAAAAUGAUUUGCAUGUAUUGUCUCUGUAUUGUUCAUAGUCAUGAGAGAGGACAUGACACCGCUGAAUUUUGCUGCAAUGCUGAUUGAGCGACAAAAUAUAAUGUUUUUACAGUUGAAUCUAAUUAAUACAUUUAUUAGCAUUUUUUAUCUUGUUUCUUUAAAAAUGAUUUUAAAUAAAGGAUUUGAUCAUUAUAUAAAAAACAUACUGUGUAAUUCCUAGGUUGUUGCUUGUUCUGUACACUUUGAUUGAAUAAGUACAAAGUGUAAAUUUUUAGACCACUUGUAUGUUGUUAUUUUGAAUUAUUAAUCUUUUUACCUGAUUUCUUUUAAAGGUUUAAAUUAAUGUAACCUUUAACCAAGUUUAUUCACAACAGCCAGAUCGUUUGCUUGCAUACAGACCGAAAAAUAAAUUAUAUAAAAAAACA